AUGGAUGCACAGUCACAACGUGUAGCUAGAUGGUUGGAAGAGACGGACGAAGAGGAGGAGAAUGAUUUGGAGGACCUGCCGAGUAGCGAAGAUGAAGAAGAUUGUUGUUUAGAAGAAAGACACGAUUCUGAGUCGGAGCAAGAAAGCGAUGUAGGGGAACAGAUAAUCCCAGAUACUCCAUCUGCAUUGCAGCCGUUAUCAGAGUCAAGCUCAGACGAGGAUGUUCCAUUGGCCAAUUUAAGGAUUUACAAAUCUAAGUCAGGUCUUGAAUGGCAGGCCACACCAUACAGAACUAGCCGCAAAUCUCGACGCGACUACUUACGUUCGGUGGCUAUAGAACUUAUAAAGGCUCAAAUGCGACAGAGACUUAUGACUAAAAAUUUACCUCGGACUAUCAAGGAGAAGAUCAUGAUGUUUUUAGAAGUAAAAGAGAGUAAUUUAGUGCCUGAAGAUGAAGUUAUACCAAAAAAGAGAACCAAAACAGCCAGAUGUUACGACUGCGGAAGAGCCAAAGAUAGAUCGUCCAGAACAUUUUGCCAGAAGUGUCAGAAGCCUGUGUGCAAUGACCAUAAAUAUCCUGUAUGCCUUGGUUGUUAUAAUAAAUAUGUAACCGAGCCCAAAGAAUAG